GAAAAUUUUACAGAAACGAUAAAAAAUGUUCCUGAAUUGUUGGAAGCAGGCAAGAGAAUGCCUAGAAUUGAAAAGGAAAAAGUUACUGAAAUAGCCAUACAGACAUCUACACCAUUCAUGAUGGAGGAUUUCAAAAUAGAUAUUGACAAAGAAAAACUGAGSAGUGAAGAUAGGGAAACAGAAGAAGAGGUAUUGGUUAGUAAGGAAACUAUUGGUAUACAGGCAGGUACACUAGAGACUGAAUACAUUGAGGUGGUUAUAGACAGGGAGGGUGAUAGAAAAAUGGAAGGCAAGGARAAGCCCAGUAAACUGGACAAUUUAUUCCAGGAAGAAACAGUGAUCAGCAAGGAAAAUAUCGAGAGAAUAACRGAAAAAGAGAAAGCUAAAGAAGUUAUAGCCUCAGCCAUAGAAACACAAAGUUCAGUAGAGCAGGAAAGUGAUUUCAAGAGACAAGCAUUUGUACUAGAUAAAAGUGAAAAUGUAGUAAAGACUGAAGACAAACCCAGUAAGCCCGUGAUUGAAGGGGGUAAAAUAWAUUUGACAGGACCUGCUCUUGUUCUAGAGAAAAUGAACGCCUUUAAAAUCCAAAAUCGUGCGGUGUCUAAACCAUUGCCCGAASCAAUGGAAAGUGGAAGUGACAUCAKGGAGUCAGGGCAUGGAGCAUAUGCACGUAUCACSAAGGCAGAAAAGAUUAUACGCCCUAGGGAUGAACCUUCAAAUGAAAGUAUUGGUGGUAGUAUUGGUACCAAUCCAUGGAAAUCUGACCCCAAAAUCCAAUCAAAGAAGCUAGAAUCUGACACAAAGUCCCCUGAUGAUAAUCUUCAACCAAGUACAAGUAAGGAAAGUAUGACUGAAGUACGAAGAAGGCAAAGGCAAGAAAAAAAGGAAAAAACAGAAAAACUAGUAAAAGACAUUAAAGCCAGAGUGGAGUAUGAAGAAAAUACAAGGUGGAUAAGAAAGAUAAUAAGGAACUCCUUAAUUGUGAUAGGAAUUUGUGCAACAGCUUAUAUAGCCUAUAGGUGUUACAGAUAUUUCUCCCACAUACCUCGUAGAAAACCUCGUCGCUUUUAGCUUCUGUUAUAGACCAGGGCCCGAUUGUAUAAAGAGUGGAUAGCGUUACCUGACGGAUAAAUCUUAUCCAGUGAAUAAAUUUAUUGGAUAACAGCAUCGAUUUAUCUACUGGAUAAGGAUUUAUCCAUCAGAUACUGCUAUCCACCCUUCGUACAACUGGGCCCAGUUAAUUAGGUUGACCUUUUGAUAUUUUACUACUAUGUUAGGAUACAAUUAUAAAAAAUUAAAUAUGAUAAAAUCAGAUCUAACACACCAGUUUUGCAUUUGAUACAUACCACCAUUUUUAAAGACUAGAGGUACUCAUUUGCACAGGCUUAGCCUUGUUUAUAAGUCAGCUACUCACAGAUACGGCCCUGUACCAUUGAAARCCCACAAGAUUUCAAAACACUGGUGUUGUUCAACUUGCACAUUCUAUACAUUAUACAGUUGACUUUUGCAAAUGAUUUGCUCUUAACCGAGGCUAAGCCAGUGGAGAUGAGUCUCUAGUCAUAAAACACACUGUGGUAUUUACCGAAUGAGAAAUUAAGGGACUAUAAUUGGCUUAAAGAAGGCAAGAUCUUACAGGGCUGGAAAUACUGAUCAGUCAUGGGUCCAAUGUUCAGCCAAAAUAGGCACUAGUAUGGCCAAACUCAUUUUAGGCCAGUCCUUGUGAUAGGUCACAUUAACUGGUCACAYUGAUGUGUUGUGUUAAWUUUUUAGCCGCCUGAUGUAAUCAUUCUUUUAUCACUGUUUUCAUUGCUAUGUGCUAGUCAAGACAACAGCCAGCAAUCAAUGUUUGUAACUUGCACUAACAGGUCACGUAACCCUACCUCCCUUAAAACAAGCAGCUGUUUAAAUGAAAAUAUUCGAUUUUAUAUAAUUAAUGCUACUUAUCYUAUAUUCAACACUUUAAGCAGAAACUUYGCCCUCUUACUAAUGUUGAGAUUGCUCUUUUGCCACUCUUUUCAUUUCUGUUUUCACAAAGCUUCUCGUUUUAAGGUAGCUAGGGUCACAAUAGGUAGGUCUAUUGUUGUCUUGAUCAGUACAUGGGUAACAGAUUUUCCAAGGGGKAAAAGAACCUAUUACCAAACUAACAUGUUGACAAUAUUGGCCACUGGCAUGACCAACAGUGGACGAACUAUAGACCCCUUGCAUGUSACGUCAAAGCAGGUCAAUUUGGAAGACAAAGCAAAAAAAUGUCAAUCUUAUGAGAACUGGAAACCAAAUAUUGAGCUGCAUUGUGACAGACUACAAGGGUCUAUUAGCAGCCACUAGACAACUUGUAGACAUGGUGGCAGAGUAACAGUUGUCAUUCAAAGGUAUGAUGGCCAUGAUAUUUAUGAUAUUUGGUGUCAUAACUACAGGUGCAGUUUUUUAAAGGUCCCUAAACAGUGCGCGUGUUGUUCACAUUAGAUAAUAUGAUUGCAGAAAAUUUGAGUUAUUUGUGCAAUUAUARCAGUUAUUAUGAAAGAAUGCAAAUGAGAUGCAAAUUAGACAAGCAUUGAAUCGCCCCAUAACCUCACUCGUAUGGUUCUUAAAACAAAAGAAUUUCUCAUUGCUGKCUCCAGUGUAAUAACAGCUAUUGUCUGAUCCAGAAAACCUUGAUAAAAAGCUAGGUCUAGGUAUAAUGUUGUAUUUUUCAUACCUCACUUAUGUUAUUAUUUCUUUCUAGAUAGAAAUUAUUUUUUUAAAUGUAGUUGAUUUUAAAAAGUUCGCUAGACUGUAGUUUUCUUGGUAGUGAUUUUGCUUUAUGUUUUGUAUAAAUAAAAAUAAUCUAAUGUAAAUAAUAAAAGUGAUUU